GCUCGAUCCAUACCGCUCGGCACUCAAUCCUCUGCCACCGCUCCAACUACUUUCAAAACACGACUUCAUCACAUAUUAACCUGGCUGUCCGCUCGUGUAGGUCGUGCACUACCGCCUAUUGUCGAUGUUCCUCUUGCUCCGGGUAGACUGGUAUGCUCGAUUAAUAUUUUUUGUUCUAGUUCAGGUCUCAUUGAUCUAUUUGCAGCGCUAUGCUGCAGCGGAUGCUCCCACAUUUGACGAGGACCUGAUUCGUGAUGAAGACUAUAUUCCUUCUACUCAUCAAAAUUCGCAACAACCUUCCACAGGAGUGCAGGUUACCACUGGACAGCAUGGUAGCGGCCGGCUGUGUGGCUGCUUCUAAAUUGGUCUCGGGAAUAUCUUACUUUUGAUUGUUAUCAUUCGUCGUAUGUAUCAGAUGACAUUAACCU